UGGCGGCUGGCCGGUUGCACACGGACUCAGCUCAGGUUUCCUCGCCUUUCCUCUCCUCUCUUUUCCCUCUCUCUUUCUUUCUGCCUCUUCUUCCUCUUCCUCCUCGCAGCUUUCCACCUCCACUCCUCAGGGCCCCACGCGGCUCCGGGUAGCCAUGGAAAACACACCGCUUCAUAUCAUUGAGCAGCCCCUCGCGGUAUACCCUGAGGCUGGGGUCCCGGAGUCGUCUCCGCCUGGGGCGCCCGCGGAGGAGCUGUCAGGGGGCUCCGAGGAACUGAUCAAGUCGGACCAAGUGAAUGGAGUGCUGGUCCUGAGCCUGCUGGACAAGAUCAUUGGAGCUGUCGACCAGAUCCAGCUGACCCAGGCCCAGCUAGAGGAAAGGCAGGCGGAGAUGGAGGGGGCCGUGCAGAGCAUCCAGGGGGAGCUAAGCAAACUAAGCAAGGCACACGCCACCACGAGCAACACGGUGAGCAAACUUCUGGAGAAGGUGCGCAAGGUCAGCGUCAACGUGAAGACCGUGAGGGGCAGCCUGGAGCGUCAGGCCGGCCAGAUCAAGAAGCUCGAGGUCAACGAAGCGGAGCUGCUGCGGCGCCGGAACUUUAAAGUCAUGAUCUACCAGGAUGAAGUGAAACUACCGGCCAAACUGAGCAUCAGCAAGUCCUUGAAGGAGUCUGAGCUUCUGCCAGAGAAGGAAGGUGAUGAGCUGGGUGAGGGGGGAGAGAAGCCUGAAGAUGAUGCUACCCUGGAACUGUCCUCUGAUGAGGCAGUAGAAGUCGAGGAAAUCAUCGAGGAGUCCAGAGCCGAGCGAAUUAAGAGGAGUGGUCUUCGGCGAGUGGAUGACUUCAAGAAAGCCUUCUCCAAGGAGAAAAUGGAGAAGACGAAGGUGCGAACCAGGGAGAACCUGGAGAAGACCCGACUAAAGACCAAAGAGAACCUGGAGAAGACAAGGCACAAUCUGGAGAAGAGAAUGAAUAAGCUGGGCACAAGGAUCGUAACAGCCGAGCGGCGGGAGAAAAUGAAGACGUCCCGAGACAAGCUGCGCAAGUCCUUCACCCCUGACCAUGUGGUCUAUGCCCGCUCCAAGACCGCUGUCUACAAGGUGCCCCCCUUCACCUUCCAUGUCAAGAAGAUCCGAGAAGGGGAAGUCGAGGUUGUCAAGGCCACAGAAAUGGUGGAGGUUGGAGGUGAAGAGGAUGGAGUCGAAGAUGAUGGUGGUGAGGGUACCGACCUCCUGAGAGGGAGCAGUCCUGACAUGCACACCCUGCUGGAAAUCACCGAGGAGUCAGAUGCUGUGCUGGUGGACAAGAGUGAUAGCGACUGAGCUGGAUAGGGAGGGAAAGGAAGAGCCAUGCUCUCUGGAGGUUCUGGGGAUGGGGAAGUGGGAGGAAGCCUACCCCGCUCUCCCAUCCCCAGAUCCUUUCUUAUUUUGAACUCUCUCUGUCUCUGUUUCAUUCUGUCUGUCUGUCUCUCUGCCCCAAGCUGGGGCAUUGGCUGAGAGAUUUAUAAAUUGAAAAUAUAUUAUAAAGAAUUCACCCCUUUCCCCUCCAUUUCCCUGCCUUUUAGGAGGAAAGGAGACUUUGGGAGAACCUGCCACUAUGAUAUUUUUAGUGGUAGAAAAGUAAAAAAGGCAUCACUCAUUUUCUAAUUAUCCACUUUGGGGUCUGCAAGAAGAAGUUGCUGCCAUUUCCAUUAUAUGGCCAUCAAAAGCCUUUGGGGGUGUUACCGUCCCCUUUCCUUCACCCACUCCCAGCUCUCAUUCCUGCCUUUUUAGUCUCCCCCCCACUAAAGUUAUUCUAUAAACGUGUCCUUAAACCCCAUCUUUUGGGGGUUUAAGCCAUAUCCACUCCUAGAGGAAAUGGGGGCUUUUUCCUGAAAGAACAGGAAGGCACUUUGGGGUUUGGGACAGUGGAGUAUGGAGCAAACAGAGCCAUGAUAGUUGAAUGGCGGUAGGGUUUGAGGAAGGGAAACAGAUGUUCAGGCCAGGUCAAAUCCCUGGCCUAGGUCCUAGCAUAAAAGGGCUGGAGCCUGGAGAAACAUAUACAUCUACAUGUAUGCACCCGUGCAGGCACGUACACACAUAGCUGUGUGGGAAGAUGGAUCACUGGAAGGUGGAGCCUGGGGGAAGGGAGGAGGAGAAAUGCCCCUCCCUAGCAGCAUAGAGAACAGACUAGGCAUCCAGCCAGUGCUCCCAAGAGUAUAGAAGAUCCAUUGCCAGCUGCAGGAGGAAGGACUGAGAAGGGGCAAGUCCCAAGCUAAAAGCCCAGCUUGGCUGCAGGAUUUGGGGCAAGCUCUCUGCCUUGGUCGACCCACUGUGACAACCUUGCCCACCUGACAGCGUCAGGAAGGCUCAGCCAAACUUCACCCCUCAUCUGGAUAGUAUGACCCAAGGUCUGCCCCAUUUCUUGUUGCCCAGCUGCAUCUGGAUCAGUGAAAUGGAAAGUCGUAGGGAUGGAAAACUAUGACUAGUUAGGGUUUUGGAGGUAGUUAGGGGCACAAGUGUCUCUGACAGAAAGAGACAGAUGGAAUAUGUGCGUGUAGCAGAGAAGUACAGAUAGAAAAUAAGAGAGGAAACCAGGGUAGGGAAUGUGUAUUUAUACCCUAUCCCAGGCUUAUCUGUGGCACUGUCUGGCAGUUUGCUUAGUACUCCCCUCCCCCACUCCCCUAAGUUAGGCACAAUUCUGACCUUUUUUUAGCUUUGUUUUCCCUGUUCCACGGAGUUCCUCUCCUGUAUCUUUG